AUGCCAGCAGCCAAGAGUAAGGAUGCGAAGCUGUGGCAGAAAGUGUUUCAGGAAUUAAUUCACGAGGUGAAACCAUGGCACCAAUGGACCCUGACACUAGACAACAGCCUCAUUCCCAACACCCUGCAACCAGGGUGGGCACAAUACCAGCAGUGGGCCUUUGCCAGGUUCACGUGCUCCUGGUGCUCUCGCAGUUGGGCCUCUUCCCACGUUCAAGUCCUUUGCCACAUGCACUGGAGUAAGAGGGAAUCCACGGGCCAGGUGAAGAUGAGGAUCUUUGCCCAGAGAUGCCGGAAGUGCUCGGAGCCUCCAUUUGAGGUUCCAAAAUUCACGGAGGAGAACGUCUCAAGGAUCCUGAACAACCUGGUAUUCCGGGUUCUGGAGAAAUGCUAUGGAGAAGGAUUUCAGUCCAUGGAGGAGAUUCCUACCAUCAAGGAUAUCUCUCUUAAAGGGCCACAUGACACUAACAAUUGUGAGGCGUGUCUCCAGGGCUUUUGUGCUCAGUGUGAGUUAGAUCUAGACAAACCAUCACCAAUGUCCCCUUCACUUUUCACAAUAAGCACACCUACCUUUGGGGUUCCCAUCUAUAAACCUUCUCUCACAAGGAGCAGCACCUAUGCGGAUGCAGUGACAGGGGGCACCGGGGUGAAGAAAGGAGAGGUACUGCACAACCCCAGCUCUCCUGAGCCCCCACAGGCUAAGAGUCCCAGAGCAAGCACCAACUACAGGAAAGACAGUAUAGUCACCAUAGUAGAUGCAGUGACAGGGGACACCGGGGUGAAGAAAGGAGAGGUACUGCACAACCCCAGCUCUCCUGAGCCCCCACAGGCUAAGAGUCCCAGAGCAAGCACCAACUACCCGGAAGAGAGUAUAGUCGAGGUCUCCGCCCCAAGGGAGGAUUUGCACUCCCACAGCGCCCAGAAUCGCAGGCACUGCAAUGUCAGAAUUUGCUGCUGUUCAAUCAUUCUAAUCCUAAUCAUUGCCGUGGUGGUGGUGGUGGUGAUUGCUGCUAAAAUCACUAUAUGA